CAGGAUGAAUCUGCUGCUUGCUGUUGCCUUUCUGGCUGUGGCCAGCUGUGCGAGCAUCUCUCUGGAGGAUCUGGAGUUCCACGCAUGGAAGCUCAAGUUUGGGAAGUCCUACAGCUCUCCGUCAGAAGAGUCUGACCGCAAGACCAUCUGGUUGAACAACCGAAGACUGGUGCUCGUGCACAACAUCAUGGCCGAUCAAGGCAUGAAGUCCUACCGCCUCGGCAUGACCUUCUUUGCCGAUCUGGAAAACAAGGAGUACAAGCAGUUGUUUUCCCGGGGAAAUCUGCUGCCCUUUAACGCUUCUGCGCCGCGGGGCGGUUCCACGUUCCUGCCAUUGACCCUCGGAGCUGACCUACCACAGACUGUGGACUGGAGAAGCAUGGGCUACGUCACCGAGGUCAAGGAGCAGAGGGCGUGCAAUUCCUGUUGGGCCUUCAGCGCAACGGGCUCUUUGGAGGGCCAGACCUUCAAGAAGACGGGUAAGCUGGUGUCUCUGAGCGAGCAGCAGUUGGUGGACUGCUCUGGCCACUUCGGCAACAAGGGCUGCAAGGGAGGGCUCAUGGAUUACGCCUUCAAGUACAUCCAGAAAAACGGGGGAAUCAACACAGAGAAGUCCUAUCCUUAUGAGGCUCGGGAUGGAAAGUGCCGCUACAACCCAGUCGACAUCGGUGCCACAUGCACAGGUUACGUCAACGUGAAAACCGGCGACGAACGCGCCCUGAAGCAGGCGGUGGCUACAGUCGGACCUGUGUCUGUUGUCAUUGAUGCUUCACAUGAGUCCUUCCAGCUCUACGAAUCAGGUGACAGACAUUAGUGCGAUCGAAGUGAUCUAAAA